AUGUCUGGCAAGGUCGAGCAGCUGAAGGAUGAGGGCUCCCGCUGGCAGGUCAUUGGCGCAGGCGCCAUUGCCGGUCUGGUAUCCAGAUUCGUCAUCGCCCCGCUCGACGUCAUAAAGAUCCGCCUCCAGCUCCAAACCCACUCCCUCAGCGACCCCUUCACCCACCCGUCCGCCCGCGGCGGGCCCAUCUACAAAGGCACGCUGGGCACACUCAAGCACAUCCUGCGCGAAGAAGGCGUCACCGGGCUAUGGAAAGGCAACGUGCCAGCCGAAGCCAUGUACCUCUGUUACGGCUCCGUACAAUUCUUCGCCUACCGCACCACCUCGUCCUUCCUCUCCUCGCUCUCCAUACAAGGCGACUCCUUCCAGUCCCGCCACCCCCAGGACGCGCGCGGCGGCAACACCAACACCAACAGCAACAGCAACAACCACACCCCCCUCCUCCCCUCCUCCCUCGUAACCUUCCUCUCCGGCGCCCUCGCCGGCACCGCCGCCACAACGACCACCUACCCGCUCGACCUCCUGCGCACGCGCUUCGCCGCCCAAGGCCCAACCGAACGCAUCUACCCCACCCUCGCCUCGUCCAUCUCCACCAUCCUCCGCCAAGAAGGGCCGCUCGGCUUCUUCCGCGGCCUCAGCGCCGCCGUCACCCAGAUCGUCCCCUACAUGGGCCUCUUCUUCCUCUCCUACGAGUCGCUCAAGCCCCUCGCCCACGCCCUCCGCCUGCUCCCCGGCUCCUCGAGCGACGCCGUCGCCGGCAUGUCCGCCAGCGUGCUCGCCAAGACGGCCGUCUUCCCCCUCGACACCGUCCGCAAGCGCCUGCAGGUCCAGGGCCCGACGCGCGCCCGCUACGUGCACAGGAACAUCCCCGUCUAUGACCGCGGCGUGGCGGCGACGGUCGCCGCGAUUGUGCGGAGGGAGGGCGUGAGGGGGCUGUAUCGUGGGUUGACGGUCAGUUUGCUCAAGGCGGCGCCGACGAGCGCGGUGACCAUGUGGACGUAUGAGCGGGUCAUGAGGAUUUUUGUGGCGUUGGAGGAGAUGGGGGACGAGGUUUGA